AUGUUCUCCCUCCAACUUUUAUGGUCCAUUAGGUUGACUCGACAUGCUCUCAAAAGAGGUUUUUACGAUUUUACAACUGAAGAUUACCGUUAUUCUCAAUUACGAAAGAUGAUACCGAGAUGGUUUAUGGAGAUUAUACAUUUUUUCGCUGUCGCUAUCCCUCAACCACUUCUACUUCUUUUUCUUACUCUACCUAUGCAAAACGUGCUUUUACUCCCACCUACCGAACUUUCUUCUGGGAUGAUCCCUUCUCUUCAUUUACCUUACUCCUCUCUGGUUCACCUAUUGCCGAUGAACCUGCGAGGUAACACACCACCCACUACCCCAGUGCUGAACAUCUCGGACGUAUUGUUUUUCCUUGUGGGAUUGGGGUUGCUGUACAUCGAGGGCAAAGCGGAUGGGGAGAUGUAUGAAUACCAAACUUCCAAACAUGCCGCUUUGGAAUCAUCAUCACCCGCCGACAAAAAAGAUAUGGUCGAUCCUAGCAAGAUGGUUAGGUACAACGAUCAGGUCUCUCAAUUCCAAGACGAUCAGAAGAAAUCUCAAGAUACGCAAGUGGAUCACGAGCAACUCUCAAAUAGAUGGAAAGGUCAACCAAGACCCACCUCCUAUCCCCGAAAAUAUCAUCCCGGCUUUCCAACGAAAGGUCUUUUCCGAUGGUCCCGCCAUGCAAACUUUGCGGCGGAACAACUCUUUUGGCUCAACCAAGCAUUUUUCGUCGUUUGUGCUGGGGAGAGUAGUGGGGUCACUAGGGCUGGAUGGGUAGGGGGAAGUGUUUUCGGGCCUGCGUUUGCGCUGAGCAUCUUAUUCUGCGCCAGUACCUUUUUGACAGAAUGGAUUACUCAGAGUAAGUCCGAGUACUCUACUGUUCUCUUAACUAAAGUUAUCCGACAUACAAACAAUACAAACUUUUAG